AUGGCUGAUCUUGCGUCUGACUUGAAUAGAGUAAGUCCAAGUGAAGUUAUCUUGAGCAAAGAGUACCAGGAUAAAAGUGAGGUGAUUGACUGGAUUUCUGAGAUGGCCAACCUUCGAAAGUACUUUGUGAGGUACCACAAAAUAACGUAUGGCGACUAUAAGGUGCAGUUGAAAUCAAACUUACAAACGAUUAGGAAGAAACUAGAGGACUUCACUGUUCGUGAAGAGAGUGCCAUGAACAUGGUACUUUCUUACAUUAAUGUCAACCUACCAGAUAGACCAUUGUCGCUUGAUUUACCUCAGCAAUAUUUCAGCAGUAAGUAUCUUCACAUGGACUCAAGAACCAGAGAUGCUUUAGAGCUAACUGAACGUCUGAGUAGCGGACUGAACUCGACAGUUGGUACACUCCUUAACACGAUCAAGCAAACAGUAACACCCUCAGGCACUCGUCUCCUCACACAAUGGCUCAAACUGCCAAUUUUGGAUACGGAAGAACUCAAAAAUCGGCAGUCGUUUACGCAGCAUUUUGGAAGAUCUCUGACUUACCUCAUGAGAAUCAGGCACCAGCUCACUAGACUAGGUGAUCCCAUUAGAUCACUACAGAAAUUAGCCCUCAAGGCAGGCCCCUCUGUAUCACAUCUUUUGGCGAUCGGAGAGGCUCUUGCCGAACAAGAGAAGCUCAAGGCCAUACUUGUUGAAUUGCAGAACGAGCACGGAAGUAAGCAGUUGCAAGAUUUCAUUGAUGAUUUUCAAGUACCCAUCGAUAUAUCCAACGAGAUACUCGAUACUCUAUACACAGAUCCUGUUCUAGCAAAUGCUAGAGAGCUUGUGGAUGAGGGAGUCGCUUAUCUGUUGAGUGAUCUGUUGGGUUCCUCCCUGACAGCGAUCGGUGAUUAUAAGAAUGAAGCUACAGAUAAGGAGCAAGCCAGCCCCAUCUUCGUCUUCAAUGUGAAGCGAGAUCAUGAUCCUAAAUUAAGCAAGCUUCAUGAUUCCCUAGAGAAAAUCCAAAGAGAAGAGUUAGAGUUGUUGCAAGGUGUGAGGGAGAAUGUCGCAGUUAUCGAUCCUAAGGCCAUUGUCACAAAGAAAGAUCAAGUGGGUAGGUACUUUGACGUGAUUCAUAUAUCUUGUCGUCUGAAGAUGUCUGCAGACAUUGCUAAUCAUAUUGACAAGAACGGCGAAGUGAGAGAAAGAAAGAAGACAACCUUGAUUUAUAAACCCACCCAAUGGUCCAGGCUACAAGAGCUGCGCAACACUAUCGUUCAUAAAAUUGAGGAAUUGGAAAAGGCGAUAAUUGAAAAUCUCAAAGCGGCCGUGCUUGGAAAGACUUUGUCCAUCAGAAAAGUCAACAGAAUGGCUGACUUCAUAGACAUUACUUCGUCCUUUGCAGUCCUUGCCAGAGAUAACAAUCUCGUUUGCCCUAAUUUUGUGAAGUCAAAUUACCUCAAUAUUCUGGAAGGAAGACAUCCUGUCGUUGAAGUUGGUCUCAAAACUAAUGGAGAGAUGUUCACGCCUAAUGACACGAAAUUAGGCCCCGAUGGUAAUCUUUGGGUGAUCUCAGGGCCUAACAUGGGUGGAAAGAGUACUUUCCUCAGACAAAAUGCCUUGAUUGUGAUCAUGGCACAGAUUGGCUGCUUCGUUCCUGCUGCAAAGGCAAAUAUUGGGAUUGUGGAUAGAAUCUUCACCAGAAUUGGUGCGUCUGACGACAUCUUCAGUGAUCUCAGCACAUUCAUGGUUGAAAUGAUCGAGACGAGUAAUAUCUUGAGCAAUGCUACUUCCAGGUCCUUGGCUAUUGUGGACGAGAUCGGAAGAGGCACGAGCGGCCGAGAAGGAUUGGCUAUAUCGUAUGCUGCGCUUGUCAGUUUGCUCCAAACUAAUAAGUGUCGUACUCUUUUUGCUACCCACUUUGGUGCUGAGCUCAAGAAAUUGCUUGACACGGAUAAAGUUUCUCAAUCUAAUGUGCGUUUCUACAGAACGAAAAGCCUGGCAUUAGCGAGCGAUCUUAUGCGUUUGAAGUUGCAAAACUAG